AUGUCUUACUCCGACAUGGCAGUUCGUUUUUUUACUGCCCCUAAACCUAUCGGGGAUACCAUGACUUCCCCCAGACGUCUAUCCCAGCCUACUCUCGAACCCAAGAUUGCAUCCUCCAACAACCAGGCAUUGACAAACGGCGACAUGUCGACACAACCCAAUAUAAACGGUGCCGCGCCGGCACCAGAUGUUUCCUCGAAGGAGAAGAAGGGUCUGACUUUCGCCAACCAAGACUCUCUCCCUAAAUUGCCCGUUCCCGAACUUGAGAAAACUUGCAAUAGAUACCUGGAAUCUUUGUCCGCAUUGCAAUCUCCCAGGGAGCAAGAGGAGACCAAGGCGGCUGUACAGGAUUUCCUCAGGACCGAUGGACCUGUUUUGCAAGAGAAGCUUAAGAACUAUGCCUCGUCUAAAACGAGUUUCAUUGAGCAGUUCUGGUACGACUCGUACUUGAACUUUGAUAACCCUGUUGUUCUGAACUUGAACCCCUUCUUCUUGUUGGAAGAUGACCCGACUCCCGCACGUAACAACCAGGUUACUCGUGCCGCCUCCCUGGCUGUCUCUGCUUUGUCGUUUGUCCGAGCCGUCCGGCGAGAGGAGUUGCCACCUGACACUGUCCGUGGCACUCCCCUUUGCAUGUACCAGUACUCUCGAUUGUUUGGUACUGCGCGUGUUCCGACAGAGAACGGCUGCGUUAUCAACCAGGACCCUCGUGCUAAGCACGUCGCAGUGCUCUGCCGCGGACAGAUCUACUGGUUCGACGUCCUUGACGAGAACAGCGACCUGAUUAUGAGCGAGAAGGACAUCGCGCUCAAUCUCCAGGUGAUCAUUAACGAUGCUGAGCAGACGCCCAUCCAGGAUGCUGCCAAAGGCGCCCUGGGUGUGCUCAGUACGGAGAACCGGAAGGUGUGGUCGUCCAUGAGAGACAUCUUGACCAAGGAUGAAGGUUCCAACAAUGCGGAAUCACUAAACAUCGUCGACUCAGCGCUGUUCAUGCUCUGCCUCGACUACACCGAGCCCCAAACCACAUCAGAACUGUGCGCCAACAUGAUCUGUGGAACUAGCGAAGUGGUACGGGGUGUUCAGGUGGGUACAUGCACCAACCGGUGGUACGACAAGCUUCAGAUCAUUGUGUGCAAGAACGGCAGUGCCGGAAUCAACUUUGAACACACCGGUGUUGAUGGUCACACGGUGCUGCGGUUCGCCAGCGAUAUCUACACCGAUACCAUCCUCCGAUUCGCCAAGACGAUUAACGGCCAAGCCCCCACCCUGUGGGCGACCAGCAGCCCUGACCCGGCCAAGCGGGACCCCCGCAGCUUCGGCAAUGUGAGCACCACCCCGCGGAAGCUUGAAUGGGACAUGGCUCCGGAGCUGAGCAUCGCUUUACGGUUCGCCGAGUCCCAUCUGUCCGACCUGAUCCAGCAGCAUGACUUCAAGGUGCUCGACUUUGAAGGGUUCGGGAAGAACUUUAUUACCUCUAUGGGCUUCUCCCCCGAUGCCUUUCUCCAAAUGGCGUUCCAGGCUGCUUACUACGGUCUCUAUGGUCGUAUGGAGAGCACUUACGAGCCGGCCAUGACCAAGUUCUUCUUGCACGGACGGACUGAGGCUAUCCGCCCAGUGACCAACGAGUGUGUCGACUUCAUCCAGGCCUUCUGGGGCGACAAUCCCCCGGAGCAGAAGAUUAACGCUCUCCGGAAGGCGACCGAAAAGCAUACGGCUAUCACCAAGGAGUGCUCCAAGGGACAAGGACAGGAUCGGCACCUGUAUGCGCUGUACUGCCUAUGGCAGCGUUCGUUUGAUGAGAUUACCUCGUCUACCGCCAGCGUGGACACGAUCUCCAACGGUUACUCUAGCCCCGUCGAGAACGGCUCAGUGGCCGAGUCGCCCAAAGCCUCGGACGCCGGGUUGUCCGAGGACGGUCUCUCCUCGGCCAACAGCUACAGCCUUCGCGGCAUGCGUCCCGUACCCGCCACGCCGGCCAUCUUCAGUGACCCAGGCUGGGACAAGAUCAACAACACGAUCCUGUCGACCUCGAACUGCGGCAACCCAUGCUUGCGGCACUUUGGCUUCGGCCCGACGUCCGGCGACGGCUUCGGUAUCGGAUACAUCAUCAAGGACGACUCGAUCUCGAUCUGCGCUUCGUCCAAGCAUCGCCAGACGGCGCGGUUGAUGCAAACACUCGAAAUGUAUCUCUUGGAGAUCCGCAAGUUGUUGCGUGCGACUACCCGCAAGACCACAAGCCCGCGUACAAGCCGCGCUCGUGAGAUGGAGCAGAUUGCCGAGAGGUCUGACAGGGCCGAGCACCGCCGGGGCCGUAUCGUCCGGGGUGAUCCGAACCAAGUGUACCAGCGGGGCACCGAGACGCCGACGACAGAUGGCGGAGAGCUGGAGGAUGAUGGCAUGGGAGGAUAUGGUUUCUUCGACGCAGGAAUGCUCUUCCACGCUCUCAAGGGGUUGAACGCUGAACGGGAACGUAGCGUUGACAGAACCGUCAAGCGGCGGUUCGUUGGAAAGAAGUUGCAUUUGAAUGACUAUUAG